CUUCACUUACCCCCGUUCUGCCGCUCCCUUCCUAGGAUUUUAUUAAGUCUUUCGAUAGCCCGCUACUACUACAACAAUGUCGAGAACUGCAGCUUUGGCUUCUUUCGUGGAGAGUACCCCACCAGGCGAGCUCACCGAUGUUACGAAAGCGAUCAAAUCUAUCCUCGGUGACGAUUCCGCCCAGUCAGACCUCGCACCGGCCUUCCAGAGGUACAACGAAGAGCAAUUCGCAACCGUGAAGCUGCCCGGCGGAAGCGGAGAAGUCCUAGUCAGCUCCUAUAACUCGUUAGGAAACGACCGGUAUUAUGAUGUCGAGAGCCAGAGCUCAUUCGCCUUCGACCAUGCCACACAGAAAGCGAGCGGGGUGAAGUCAUACGUGCUAGAAUCAACCCACUCAGAUCUCGUCAAGAGCCUCCUCAAAAGCCUAGGCAUCCACACCUCAGAGCACUACCCCAAAUCCAGUCUCGGCGUCUAUCCCACAGAAGACGACUCCCAGCUCGCCAUAAUCACAGUCGCAAACAAGUACUCGCCUUCCAACUUCUGGAACGGCCGCUGGCGCUCCUCGUACAUCUACACCCCCUCGUCGGGCUCAAUCUCAGGCAUCAUCAAAGUCGACGUCCACUACUACGAAGACGGCAACGUGCGACUUCUCACAAAUAAAGUGGUGCAGUUCAGUGUGGGGGCAAAUGCGGGGGCAAGUGAGAUUGUGAGACAGAUAGCAAAUGCGGAGAAGAAAUACCAGGAAGAUCUGAAUAAGGCGUUUGGGAGCUUGAGUGAAGGCGCAUUUAAGGCGUUGAGGAGACAGUUGCCAAUUACAAGGCAGAAGAUUGAGUGGGAGAAGAUCAGUGGGUAUAGGUUGGGGCAGGAUAUAGGCGGUGGGAGGGUGAGAUAGCGGCUCGAACUGGGAUUUGGGGACAAUAAUGACAAGGCGGUGUGAUGACACAUAGACACGUUAGACAGUGAUGCCGUGAGCCACGAUCGGUUUGGGGACUUCGAUAUAGGAGGCGUCUUGGGAUUUUCUUGCUCAGCUAUUUCCUUUCCUUGCAUGUGACUUGUCGCUCCUCAACCUCUUUUCAUUUGUCUGACCCACGCCUGCAGGCCGCUCUUUUCAAUCAUAAGCCUCUCCUGGAUACUCACGCUGGGCUAUAGUCCUAGUCUAUUUCUGAGCCUUAGAAUCUCCGCAACUGCCCUAGAGCAGCAGCUCGAAGUCUGCUUUGACGCCAGCAUUCACAUUAUGAUGGUUUGCUUAUCACCGCCCUAAUCACCUCACCAAAACUUCUUCGCCGAAACUCGUAGAAAG